AUGAAAACGCCAAAAGAAAACCCUUUUGAAGGCUUGGCACCACCUUCCACCUCUGCGCAAUCAAUCAUGUUGCCCAAAAAGUACGAUGUAUUCAUAUGUCAUCAUGGAGGGGACGUGAAGCAAAAGCUGGCCAUUCCUCUCCACACAAUCCUUCACUGUGUGGGCUUGAAUGUGUUUUUAGAUUCUCAGGAGUUACAAGUGGGCGAUAGAUUUCCCUGUGCAAUACGAGAAGCCAUUGGGAGUGCCCGAAUUUAUGUGAUAAUCUUCUCCAAAAACUUCGCAAAAUCUGCAUGGUGCCUGGCUGAGCUGUGUUACAUAAUGAAAUUGGUGGGGAGCAAUGUAGAUUCUUACAUUAUUCCUGUUUAUUAUGAUGUUCAACCUUGGGACGUUAGAUGCCCUGAUAAGGGAGAAUAUGCAGAGGCAUUCAGUGAGUUUGAAGGAAAGGAAAAGUACUUGCAAAUGCUUCCUCCAUGGAAGUCUGCCCUGCACCAGGCCUCCUUCCAUUAUGGACUGCGGUUUCGUGGUGAUGAUGAUAAUUUGCUGCUUACGGUGCAGACCAAUAAAGUGGCAUUGGAAGUGGCCCACUUGCAGACUUUGCUUGAUCAUUGGAGCAAUUCCCCAUGUACGGUUGCCAGAGUUCUGUCGAAUUCGACUGCAUCCAAUGACUUUUCUUCGGCUCGUGGUCGUCGGUGCAACGGUAACUCUUUGGUCAGAGCUUCCUGCAUUUCUCGUUCUCAGACUCCUUGUCGCCACUCUGGUGGGCAGAGGGAUUCCUCGUGUUGUCACUUGACCUCUCUGGCUUGUGGUGCCUCUCUUUCUAGGUGGCCUACGGGUGGUGGUACCUCUUUGGCUCUUGGUCGUUCUGAUUGGCCUAUGAGUGGUGUUAUGUCUUCAACUCCUAGUGGUUCUAGAUGGCCUAGCGGUUCCUCGACUAGCUCUAGCAAUGUCUCCUUCUUAGAAGGAUAA